AUUAAAAAUAGCUAUGUCUUAUAACUUCAAAACUAUACAUCCUGUUAUGCCUGCUAAGGAUAUGAUAAAUGUUAUUUUAUCAAAGACUUAAAGGAAAACACCAACAGUAGUCCAUCCUGGAUAUGAUAUCUCUAGAAUAAGAGGGUUUUAUAUGAGGAAAGUAAAAUUUACAUAAGAAACUAUUCAUGAGAAGAUUGAUGCAAUUUUGUAAGACUUUCCUAAAGUAUAAAAUAUGAUUAAAUAAUAUAGUUAGAUGAUAUACAUCCAUUCUAUGCAGAUUUGAUUAAUGUUUUGUAUGAUAAGGAUCAUUAUAAAUUAGCAUUGGGACAUGUACAUGCUUGCAGGAAUGUGAUUGAUAAUAUAGCCAAAGAUUAUUGUAGAUUAUUAAAAUAUGGUGAUUCUCUAUAUAGAUGCAAAAUGUUAAAGAGAGCAGCAUUAGGUCGUAUGUGUACCACACUUAAAAAAUUGACUAGUUCUCUUAAUUAUUUAGAUGAGGUUAGAAAACAUUUAUCUAGAAUGCCAGCAAUCAAUCCUUUUGAAAGAACUCUUUUGGUCACUGGAUUUCCUAAUGUAGGUAAGAGUAGUUUUGUAAAUAAUAUUACUAAUGCUAAUUUGGAUGUAUAACCAUAUCCGUUUACUACAUAAAAUCUUUAUGUUGGACAUACUGAUUAUAAUUUUGUUCGUUGGUAAGUUAUUGAUACCCCAGGAGUCUUAGAUCAUUCAUUGAAUGAAAGAAAUCCAAUUGAAAUGUAAGCUAUUACAGCACUUGCUCAUUUAAAAGCUUGUAUCAUGUUUUUCUUAGACAUUUCAGAAACUUGCAGUUAUUCUAUUGAUUAAUAGAUUGCACUUUUUAAAGAUUUAAAACCACUUUUCAAAAAUAAACCUUUAUUAUUAGUAAUGACUAAAAUUGAUAUUAAAAAAUUUGAAUAAUUAGAUCAAAUUGAUCAAUAAAAAUUAUAAGAAGUUAUUCAAUCUGAAAACGUAUUUUAGUAUCUUAUAUAUUUUAAAUUAUUAGUUCUUAAUUAAGUAACAAAUCGGGAGAAGGUAUAGCAAUAGUAAAAGAGAAAGCUUGUAAUCUCUUAAAUGAAUGGAGAUAAAAUCUUAAACCUGAAUAAUUAACAGGUGGAAAUCCUAAUCUUUUAAGAGAAGAAUCUAUUCUUUAAGGUGUCUAUAUUGCUUAACCCAAAAGAGUUAAUUAAAAUAGAAUACCAAUGAUUCCUUAAGUGAUUGGUAAAUUAAAUAGACCAACCUUGAAAGAUAUUUAAGAAUAAAACGGAGGAGCUGGAGUAUUCAAUUUUCCAUUAUAAGGUAUAAUUUAAUAUAUAUUAUAUAUUAGAACAUUUCUUAUUAGAUAAUCCAGAUUGGAAAUAUGAUGCUGUACCUGAAAUAAUGGAUGGUAAAAAUAUUGGAGAUUUUGUUGAUGCUGAUAUUUUAUAAAGAUUAGAAGAAUUAGAAAAAGAAGAAGAAAUGAUGGAUUAAGCUGAAAUUGAAGAUCCAGAAGAAGAGGCUAGAGAAUAAAUGUUACUAAAUACUAGAGAUUAAGUUAAUAAAAAAAGAGAAAUGAUUAAAGAUGAACAUCAUAUGAAAAUGAAAUAAUAAGUUAAAUUACAUUAACCUAAAUUGGAAGAUGCAAAAGAAGAUUUUGCUAAAAAAGGAAUUGAUACAACUUUCUUAGAAUAAAGAGCAUCAAAAUUUGCUGCAAAAAAAGCAUUAUAAAAAUAAAAAAGAUAACAAUAAUCAUCUGAUGAUAGUGAUGAUAAUGAUAUGGAACUUGAAGGAACAUAAAGAAAAGGAAGAGGAGAUGCUUUAUCCAGAAGUAGAAGUAGACUAAGAGAAAUUUCAAGAAGUAGAAGUAGAGGUAAUAAAAAAGUACUUACUGCUUAAGAAUAAGUAGAUUAUAUUCUUUAAACUUUUAGGCUAUGGAAAGAAUGUCAAAGAAAAUUUAAAGAAGAAGAAGAAAUGAAGCUAAAGCUGGUGAUGGUGAUACUAAAAUCGAUUGUAAAAUGCCUAAGCAUUUAUUUACUGGUAAAAGUGGUAUUGGAAAAUAAUCAAGACGUUGAAUUAUUUGUUGUUAAUAAAUACAAUAUAUUAUCAAUUAAU